AUAAAAAACAGGGUGUUCCAUUAAAAAUAAUAUAACUUUGUAUAUUUUCUCUUAUGUGGGACAUCCUGUAUACAUCUAACAAAUUUUAAAUUGUAGCCGUCUGUAACCUACGUAUUCCUCUCAAACGAAUUUUUUAUAUCUUUGGUCGUUUUCCCAUAAAGCUCCGUCCCGUUGAGCGUGAGCCACCCUGUAUAUACAAGGUAAACUAAAUAGUUAAAAUACUUAAGAAAUAUAUUUAUAAAAUUCCAAUAAGGUAUUAUCAUUACCUGGAUUAUCCCACAGAAAACUAAGAACAGGUAAAGAUAUUUAAUAAAGGUGAAUUAUUAAUAUAUAAUUGAAUGGGUAAUUGGAAAAUGAUAAAAUUCCAAAAUAAUGGCGAAUUAAAGUGAGAUAGCCAGUUUGUUCUAAUUUCUCUUAUUUUCCCGCUGAGCGCAAAACCAAUAAAAUCUCCGAUACGGUUCACAUCAUAAUUUUAUUGGUGAGUGGAAAAAGGAUAAUAUUUCUGGAAUUUUAUCGUUUUUCCACGCGUUAGGUUAGAAAUUGGAAAUUCGAGUUCUCUGCAACCAGUUAGUUGAUGUUUUGUCGAGUACAAAAGUAGUGUUUUAAUAGUAAGUGAAUAUUAGAUUAAUUAUAAUCUAAAAAGUAAAAGUUUAGUCCACACCAAAAGUACUUGAGUAUCUAGAUAUUUUAAAUAAAAAUAUUAAAAUUUAAUCUCUAUCGAAUUGUCAGAUCAGAGGGAGAACAUAAAGAAAAGAGAUACCUAAUGAAGCUAAUAGAAAGACACGAUAUUGCCAUUGUCCUGCAACAGCAGAGUCGAUACACUAUUCUGCUUCUUUCAAGUAUUUUGCUAUGAAAGACAAAUGCAGGUUUAAAAUUUACCACAGUGCAUUUAUGAUUUGCACGUUCUCUCCAAUAAAGUCAUACAAUGCUUAACUAAGAUUCUUGAAACUAAAAAUACACCAGUUGAUAUGCUAGGAAAGCAUGCAAAUCGUGCAAAUAAAGUAGAUGGAGCGAUUGUUGUCAAAAUUGAUGACCAUAUAAAAUCAUUUCCGAAAAAAGAGUCUCAUUAUUCUUCUAAGUUUAUUACCUACUUAGAUGCCAGUUUAAACUUUACUAAGAUAUAUGAGCUGUUUAUUACUGAAAAUCCUGAUCUAAAUUUUACAAAAAACUUUAAAAAAAUGAAGGGGACCUGCAGGGAGAGAAAUGACGUUGCAGCAGUAGUUUCUGAUUAUAUGCAAAACCUUUUCCUUCCCUUAAUACCAGUUCAGGAAAUGUUUUAUCUGCGCCAAUUUUUUUUAAUGUCCAUACCCUUGGCAAUAAAAUAUUGGUAUUCUACACGAACACAGAAGGAGAUGCUCAGCGAGGUCCUAAUGAAGUGAGUACGUCGAUUUUGGAUUUCAUUACCCAACAUAUCCCCGAGGAAGUAAAAACCCUGCAUGUUUUUAGUGAUGCGUACGCUUGACAAAACCGAAACCACACUUUAACCAGGUUGUUUACUGCGGUGUAAAUGAACGGCAGAUUUGAGGUGAUCCAUCCAUGGCUAACUAAUACCAAUAUACUUGAUUUUAACAGCUGGUAGCCCAAUUCUUCAAAAAGACUUGCAAAGAUGUUGAAAAGAAAACAGUCUUUUUACCAUCACCAGAUACAGACAUUUGACAUAUACCUACGCACUUGAAGGCUAUAUCAGAGCAUCUGAUUUCAUUGAUGAUUUCACUCAUGGUCUGUUUAAUAUGAAAAAAAAAAGAUAAUGUAGACCUUCUCCAUUCGAAAGCAUCCAACGGAAAAUUUCCUAUCAUCGCGAAGAAGUACAUCACAUACCCGAAGACUACAGGACCUUCUAUGAUUCUAUACUGUCGAAUCCUACAACAAAUAGAGAAAAUAGUGACCCAGAAGACUGCAAACCAAGUAAAUAUUAGUUAUUAUAAUGUUGUGUUCUUCAAUAAAUACUAUUUCUUUGUAAAGGCCCUUUUUUUUUAAUUAUUGAAUUUUAGUGGAAAAAGGAUAAAAUUUCAAAUACCAGUAGCUAGUUACCCAAUAGAUACAAACCGUUCAAACUUUGGCAUCAAACGUACUUUGUAAAAGUAAACAAUUGGUCAAUAGUAAUGAUUUUUUUUCUUAUUUUCCAAAAAUAAGGCUCACUGGAAUGUUAUCCUUUUUCCAAUCGCCCAUUCAAUUGAUCAAUAAUUAGGUUAUCUAAAUUUUUAAAUUUCUACAAGCUAGCAAUAAUUACAGCAUACUUAAAUUUGAUUCAACAGAAAAAUAUCAUAAAAAAACUAAAACUUAAUAUCAGGAUUCAACAGCAAUAUUUGAUUCUAGGGAAAAAUUCAAACUAAUACAGAUGAACCUUUAAUCACCAUAACUUUUUUAUUUAAUAAAAUUACACAGACAUAACUAUCCUAUUAGACCAGUUGUAUGAUUUGUCACGCCUCCACAAGAAAAUUACAAACUCUAUUGAAAGUAGAGUAUACAUUUUUUUUUAUAAAUUUACAAAAUAAUACAAAAAUGUUUGUAACAGUUCCUCGACUAUCAUAAAAAGAAAACUUGUAAAAUGUGGGAAAUAAAAUGAUUCUUAAAUAACAGAU